AUGUCGGUGGCAGUCUCGACUCCACAAGAAGUGGAACUUCCCCUGCGAAGCAGACUCUCGGUUCCCGAAGAGCCCAGGGAGCACCGGCACAGCCUCAUUCCCAGCCAUCGGACUCUUUCGGCUUCCAGCCAGCAGCCACCACGGCCUCGAGCGAGCAGACGAUCGGUUCUCGCGGAGACGAGCAGGGACCUGGACAACGGCGCCGCCCCAAGGCACCAGAGUCACACCAACCUGGCUAUUGCUGUGUACACUGCGGUGCGCAUCACGGCUAGUGUGCGUCUGCUGCUGCUGCAAAGUUCGGCGUGUUAUGGCGCAUGCAUGCGUGGUGGGUGGUGCUAUAAUGCGCAUGCCGAAAAGGAUUAUUGUGAUUCUGAUGGUGCUGCGUGGUGUGAUACGUACUGCAUCAGCGAAAUCAUUGGGAGACUAUGUGAUUCCAUUGCGCGGCCUCUGGUGACUGGCCUCGGACUUUACAUUUUCCUCCACAGGAGAGAUCGCUUCUCUGCCAAGGAACCUCUCCACACACGAGCUCGUUUUCUAGUCUUCUGCCUGGCAUCGUUCCACUGCGAUGCCUCUGUCGCUGAAACUUUGGCUGACCGCCAUGCAUUCCAGGCUCUGAUGUUGCUGUGGGAGGUCCUCUGCAACGGGGUCCAGAUGCAGAUGACAAACCUAAAGCUGCAUGCAUUGGGCUUCCAUAUAACAGCACGGCUUUGUGCAGCACUCAUGCUCGUGAUUCUUUGCGCAAUGUGUAUUGGCCUUCCAUUCUUUCUGUUCUGGAAUGAUGCAUGGAAGUCCGAGAUGGGGCAACUGCCUGUACUCGUCGCACUAGCUUGCACUGGCGCCACGUUGCUCCUUCAAUUCUGCGGCCUCUGCUAUGCAGCGGGCAGAUCCUUGUGCCUGGGAUGGCACGAUGCGGCCAUCAAGGCCGCGGGCGUUUGCUUGUGCAUCAACGCUGCCCUCUUGAUUCCGGGCCCUCUUCUUAGCAUCUUCGGCGGUGCUUUUUUUGCUGUGAAUGAAAGCAACGCGCAAGAGGAUCGCUGGUCUGUGUUGCUGACCGUGGACAUCGGCCUACAAGUGCUGAACGUGCUGCUGCUUAGCGGCAUGGUCGGCCCGCAGCAGUGGGCGCGGCCGAUGGAGGCCUUCCAGAAGCUCGCGGAGUUUCAGGGCUUCGGCUUAUCCACCAAACGCAUCGCCUUCCCGGGGAAGGUGAACGCGGCAGCCCGCGACUGCAUUGUGUCCUUCCCUGGGAAGUACAGCGACGAGUGGGACGCCGCCGUGUCAGCCGCAAGCUCCCAAAGCGCCUUUUCCUUGGCCUGCGUGUUCCUGACGGACCGCGCCUCGGGUCUUGGCGAGCACUCGGCAGAUCCCGAUCAUCCGGGGAGGUGCUGGUGCCAUGCGCUCUACGGAAGCCUGCCGGCCUCCACGUACCUGAGCGUGGUGGAUGUCCAGCAGCUGCGGCAAGAGCAAGGAAACGACGAAGCCAGCUAUCAGCAGCAGCUGAGCUUCAAGAAAUCCGACGCCGAAGCCAUGGGGCAGCUGCUGCUCAUCAAGGACCUCCAGGCAGAGCUGGAGUGGCAGCAGGAGCUUUCCCAGGCGCUCAACGACGCGGAGGACCGGUGCCUGGCAAACCAUGCCCGCGCCCCUUGGGGCUGCCGCUGGUUCGAGGAGUGGAGGAAGAACGUCAGCAAGGCGUCCGAGCUGGGUCAGAGGCUGCACGUCUUCUACUUCGAGGGCUGCAAAGGCCAAGGCAAGGUCGCCUGGGACCAGCUCCCUGACAAAGAGGUGCGGGAGCAAGUUCGCGCGUGCAGUGGCCUGGGUGCGUCGCAGACAGCAGAAGUCGCCUAUCUUCACAGAUUGGGCUUGAGCUACGUGGAGCACGACAUCACAGACUUCAAGGAGAUGAUGAGUUCCAACUGUUCACCAGCGAGUUGGCCCAACGAACAAAAAAAUCGGAACCUGAGCCGGGAGGCUUCAUGA